AUGGCCGAAGCCACAUGUUCUCAGAAGGUCAAGCCUAGUCGAGAGUGUAAACGAUUUGCCCUGGAUGAUAUUUUGGACUUACUAGAUGAUAAUGAUUCUGAUUUGGAGCUGUCAGAUGAUAAUGAUUCAGACUAUCUCGAAGAUCCAGUUGACACUAUCGAUAAUCAGUCUGAAGACGAAGAUGGUGGAAUAAAUAACUCAAACGAUGAUGAGGAACAACUACUGGCUGCAUCUCGUGAAGAUGAAACGUCUGCCGAUGAUUCAGAUUAUGAACCUGUUGUGAAACGGGUUGCCCUUCCCAUUGAUUAUUAUUGCAAAGCGGGUGCUAAACACUUGCCACAUGCUGUGGCCCUCAAAAGUGCAUCACGAUGCCGUUAUCCUGGAUGCACAAGCAAAACUCGUGUUCGGCGUGUUAGGUGUGACCUUUUUCUCUGUGUCCAAAGCGAUCGCAAUUGCUUUCGAAUGUUUCAUACAUGA